UGCUGGUGUGGUCUGUUGCGUAGUUAUUAGGCUCAUACCUUACCUAAUAAUUAGCAUUUUAUGUAAGUUACAAAUACUUAAACAAAUAAGCCUAUCCAUAUUAGAUAAAUCAUCCAAUUCUAGUAAUAGUACUCCUAAAAGACUCUGACUCUUACACUUUGAUAGUCUUUGACUGUACUACUGUACUGUGAAGUUGUGAACCCUCUGGAUCAUAAUUAAAUAGUUACUAAACUAUAUUGACUAUAAGUUUUACAGGCCUAUACUAUAUUACAUAAUUAUUAUGCCUAUAUUUAAUAUUAUAAUAAUAUAAAUUAUUUUUUUAAAGUAUUUCAGGUAGUGUUAGUUAAUUAAGUUAACUAGGCCUAUUUCUGUGGCUACUACCUGUUACUGUUAGUACCAAAACUACCAGUAAGACCAGUACUAAGAGUUACAGUUAAGAGUAAGAGUGAGAGUAAGUCUAAUACUAAGUAAUACAUACUAUAAUUACCAGUAAUUAAAAUGUUAAUAAUAUUAGGCCCAUGAUUUAUUAAUUAUUAAUAAGUAUACGAAACUAUUCAUAGUCAUAGCACAGCAUAGUAUUAGUAUUAGUAUUAGUAGGCUAACACUAACAUUACUAACAAAAGUUAUUAAUUAUUAGACCUAAUCUAAGACUAAUUUUAAAAACUAGGGUUAAACCUUUCUAAACCGACAAGGAAAGCAACUAAUCAAAAAGAAAGAAGACAAAAAGACUUUACAGUAACAUGAGUCAUGAGUAAUUAUGAGCUUUGGCUUUAUAAAAUCUGGCAUCAUCGUUUGUGUCUUUUUAAAGUUUGUUGACUGCUACAGCCUACACUGCUAGAGUCAGGUGUCAUCCUAAAUAACACAUGACAUGAUACAUUUGCAAAAAAUUCAUUUUUUCAUUACCCCAACCUACCUCCUCAUAUGAAAAUGUGACUUCCGAAAGGCUGCUGAGAGUUAGGAACCAUUAGCAAAGCCCAAUAAAAUGUAAUUACAUCACAAAUUAUGUAACAUUUAAACAUGUACCGAAAUUUACAAGAACAGACAGUGGACAGACCAGGCUAAAUAUUACUGCUAAUGUUGUGAUAUCUAACUAUUUGAUUUGUGAAAACAUUACACCCUGCAUGUCAUAAUUAUGAAACGCUUACAUUUUUAUCGCAUUAGGCCUUAAAAUUUAUUGCAUUAGGCCUUAAAAAAUAAUUAGAAAUCACAGAUUUCACAGAUUUUUAGGUGGCAGUUGGUUUAAUAGACUUUCAGAAUUUCAGGAUAAUUAUUGCAGAAUUAGUGCAUAGAUGUAUUAACACAUUUUUGAGACCCAUUUAAACCCUUUUUCCUAUGCAUAUACACCUUGAAGCAAAAUCUGUAUCAACUUCCUGUCAGUGUGUAUGGAUGGCUUUUUAUGUGAACCUAAAUCAUGCAUUCUACAAGUAACAAAAAUUGCACUUGAAGAUUUUUUUUUUUUAAUUUUUGAGAUUAUUGAUUAGGUUGUUCAAAUAAUGAUUUCAUACCUUUUUUUUUUUAAAUUUUUUUUCACAGGAAAGUUUAAUCAUAUCAGUUUCUCAUCUUCAAAAUAUGUCACGUCUGGUAAGGAAGUUUCAUUCAUCCUGGACUUAUUCCUUUCUUUUUCUUAAUUAAUAUUAGAAAUAUUUCCAGCUAGGCCUAAUCAGUCACUGUCCUCAUGAUUUAAAAAAGAUCAGAGACUAAUAAGUUAAUAACUGAUGGACUGACAACUUUCUCCUUUUCUCAGUAAAAAUGUAGGUGAUUGGCAUGAAAGAUGCUGUAUUGUCAAAAUGCUAACUUCUAUUGUAUAAAGUAUGGUAACCCAAUCCAUUUCAUAAAUAGCCUUGUAAUUAAUAUAAAUCGAUAUGUUAAGAGCAUUACAAUCAUUACACAAAACCAAAACAAAGCUUUUUUUUUUUUAAAUGAGUCAAUGUCAGUGAAGUAAAUCAGAAGAAGAGCUACAUUCUAUCUGUUCGCCACAAGCUAUUUACAAAUAUAAAGAGAAAGCAGUGAUGAAGAUGGCUGUCCUGAUUUUAUAUUAUGGUCUCGUAAAAAGUUUACUCAUUUUAUACUUCAUUAAAAAGUGUACCAAUGACAUUGAUCUAUCUAAAAACACUCUGAAUUUUGUUAUGUAAAACUUAGCAUUUUAUAUCAGAAAACAUUUCAUAAAUUAUAUUUCUUUGUAUUUCAUUGCUUUUGUUAUCAUUUAUACUUCAUGAAGAACACAAUAUUUAUUAUUUCUUGCAUUGUUUUUAAAUAGAUAGCUUUUGCAUUAGGAGCUUAUGGAGGCUUAUAUGUUGCUCAGAAUUUUGAGGUAAUUAUUAUAUCGUUAUCAUAACUCAGCUAUGUGAUUUAUUGAAGAGUUAAAAGUUGAAUAAAAACACCUAAUAAAAAAGUAUAUAGGUUCAAAAUCUUAUAAUCCUGUUAUAUAACAAACAAGUUGUUUUGGGACAUGUUGAUAAUCUUUAAAAUAUUAUUAUUAAAUUAAAAUACAUUAAAAAUAAAUUUUAUUAAUUCAAAUUUAAAAGCACCCUCACACACUGUGCUUUUUACCACAGCGCGCACUGGAAUGUGAUUUUGGAACCUUAUUCUGAUAGUUUUUUAUAUUUUACACAACAAAAAAACUCAAUGCUUAGAAACAGUGAUCAGAAAAUUUCUAAAAGUAGAUUGUUUGUAAAUUAUGUAAUCUGGCAUUAUAUUUUUGGUUUCAGGUACCUCGUAUUCCAGGUCCAACAACAUUAUGGGAGAAGGUGAAGGAGAUGUUUAAAGAGUUUGAAAAAAAAGAUAGAUGAGAACAAGUCUAUAGCAAAUUUUCCUCUUUACCGUUACAACUACAAUAAUUCUACAUGAGUAUGCGAAUCAAUUUUUAAAACUUUUUCCUUUAUUUUUAUGAUCUCAAGAAGUACCAUGUAAAAAAAAAGAGUGUACUUAUAACAUACCGUUUUAAUGCAAACUGAUAAAGAAAGUUAAUUUUGAUCCCCCUGAGCAAGAUGUUCAUCAUCUUGAAUAACUGGGUACAUUAGCACAUCAAAAUUAAAAUGGCACAUCAGAAAAUGCUUAGAACCCUGCAAAGUCUUUUUAUUUUCUGUUUAUUAUCAACAAAGGUUAGAAUAUUAUAACAUUUAAAUAAUUGUUUUAAUAAUUUUAAGCAAAAGUUAAAAUUAAAUGAUUUCAACUCUCCUAGUAGAUUAUUUUUUUCACAUGCUGUGUUAUUUUGUGAAGAAAUAGAACUUGUUGAUGUUUGAAUGCUAUGAGUUAAAUUGUUGUGAAUACUUGGAUAAAAAUAAUAAAAAGUAAUAAGUCUUGAUACUGGUACUGUAGUUUGGAUAAAUAAUAUUACCGGUAUGUUGAAAAGAAUAUGAAUUAUUAAGGUAACAAAAAAAGUUAAGAUUUAAUUUAAUAGUUUUUAACAUCUGUUUUAAUUAAUUUUUUCUUUGGUUUUGAAUGAUUAUAAAUGAUAAGGGUUAAUAUUUGAAAAAGUAGAUAAUUUCCAGAAUUUAUAUGAAAAUUAACUUCUAUUCAAACAUAUCAUGCUAUCAUGGGAGGCGUUAGAAAGAAUAAAUAUUUUAUUUAAUUACACUCUUUUAUACUUGUUUUCUCCUAGUAGAUUAUUUUUUUCACAUGCUGUGUUAUUUUGUGAAGAAAUAGAACUUGUUGAUGUUUGAAUGCUAUGAGUUAAAUUGUUGUGAAUACUUGGAUAAAAAUAAUAAAAAGUAAUAAGUCUUGAUACUGGUACUGUAGUUUGGAUAAAUAAUAUUACCGGUAUGUUGAAAAGAAUAUGAAUUAUUAAGGUAACAAAAAAAGUUAAGAUUUAAUUUAAUAGUUUUUAACAUCUGUUUUAAUUAAUUUUUUCUUUGGUUUUGAAUGAUUAUAAAUGAUAAGGGUUAAUAUUUGAAAAAGUAGAUAAUUUCCAGAAUUUAUAUGAAAAUUAACUUCUAUUCAAACAUAUCAUGCUAUCAUGGGAGGCGUUAGAAAGAAUAAAUAUUUUAUUUAAUUACACUCUUUUAUACUUGUUUUCUGUCCAGCUAUACACAGAUAUUUUAAAAUGAUUGCUUGUAUCAAUGAUCUAAAGUUGAUUUGAGAUUGAUAAUGAGUGUUGAAUGUAUACUUCAUAUUACCUACUUUAUAUUUUAAAUAGAGUGAUAUGUGUGCAGUUUUUAGAAAAAAUAUAAUAAUGAACAAAAAAAUCAAAAUAGAUUAGUUUAAAAAAAGUAUUUUUUUUAUUGUUACCAUAUAUUUUAAAAUUUCCUUUACAAUGCAUAGUUUUAUAAUAAUAUAUCUCUGGAAUUGUAAAACAUAGUGUGUGAAAUACAGUGAUACAAAUAUACAGCUUGAUGAACUUGAGCUAAAAUAAAACAAUCAACAAAUUCCCUUUAUUUAUCAUGUGUAUAUUGUGGAAGUUUUAUAAAAAAAUAAUUAUAUUACGAAAUAGUCUCUUCACAGUCUGACUAUUGACAUCUGUUAAAAUGUAAGUUACACAGAAAAAUCAAAAAGUUAAUCCACUCAAAAUUGUUUUCUCUCCAUCCAAAAUGGCCGUCACAUGAACACUGAAAGGAAUGCAUGAUUGGUGCUUGUCAUUAUAAAUAAGAACAUUAUUGCAAAUCUCAAUUUAAAAAGAAUCAAUGACUGACUCAUUAAUUUAAAGAAACAUCAUUACAUAUAUAGAUGAGUAGGUUUUCAAAUGUAAUCAAAAUCUGCCACCAGAUGAACACAAUAAAAUUGAUACGGUAUAAUGACUGGUGAUUAAAAUUAUAAUACAGAACAUAAUUAUAAAUCUUAAUGUAAAAUAUUUUAAAUCAAUUACAUACUAGUUUAGGAGAUAUUAUUACAAAUAUGUGUAGGCAUUGAAUUAAUGAAAGCAAAAUAUGGCGACUAGGU